UCCUCCAUUUCCUGCGCAAAGUUUGAGAAAUUCCUUUCUCUUUCUCAAUACGUUUUGCUAGAGUCUCCACAAUUUCAACCCACCUCCAGAAAUCUCUACCUUCUCAACUUCAAACAUCUUCUUCAAUUUUCCCUAGAUUUUUGCAAUAUUUAACUCUACAUUAAAAAACACAUUUUUUUUUCAUUUUUCAUUUCGAUUCAGAAAGUGAGAUGAUGCAGUGACAAUCUCGUCUAUCAAAGAUAUAAAUCAUCAUCAUCAUGUCUAUGUCUGAUUCUGACUCCACCUCUUCUCAUGGCGGAGACUACAAAAAUUUCAGGCAAAUUAGUAGGGAUCGGUUGUUGGUUGAAAUGCUUCGAUCCACUAAAACUGGCGACUCAAAAUCAACUUGGAAGGUUCUUAUUAUGGACAAAGUGACGGUUAAAGUGAUGUCUUGCUCUUGCAAAAUGGCAGACAUCACUGAAGAAGGAGUCUCAUUGGUGGAAGACCUUCACAAGAGAAGACAGCCAUUGCCGACGAUGGAUGCUAUAUACUUCAUCCAGCCAUUAAAAGAGAAUGUUGCUAAAUUUUUGUCUGACAUGUCUGGAGGAAAGCCCUUGUACAAAAAGGCAUUUGUAUUCUUCAGUUCACCCUUUCCAAAAGAGUUGCUUGCUCAUAUCAAGAGUAAUGCAAGCGUAUUGACUCGCAUUGGUGCUUUUUCUAAUGGAAUCAUGCAGAUGAAUUUGGAAUACUUCGCAAUAGACAGUCAGGGAUUUCUUACUGAUAAUGAGAGAGCACUGGGUGAACUUUUUGGGGAAAACGGGGAGAAGUCUCGUCAAUAUGAUGCUUGCUUGAAUGUGAUGGCUACUCGAAUUGCUACAGUCUUUGCUUCAAUGAGAGAGCUUCCAUUUGUUCAUUACCGUGCUGCUAAGGUUGAUGCAGUCACAUUGACAACAAUGCGUGAUUUAGUUCCAACUAAGCUUGCUGCUGCUGUGUGGAACCAGCUCACUAAGUAUAAAGACAGCAUAAAGCAUUUUCCCCAGACAGAAACAUGCGAGUUGCUUAUUCUGGAUAGAUCUGUUGACCAGAUUUCGCCCAUAAUCCAUGAGUGGACAUAUGAUGCCAUGUGCCAUGACUUGCUGAAUAUGGACGGAAACAAAUAUGUUCAUGAGGUGCCAAGCAAAACAGGUGGUCAACCUGAGAAGAAAGAUGUCCUCUUGGAGGAUCAUGAUCCUGUUUGGCUCGAGCUACGCCAUGCCCAUAUUGCAGAUGCUAGCGAGCGGUUGCAUGACAAGAUGACUACAUUCAUAUCAAAAAAUAAAGCUGCACAAAUACAACAUGGUUCAAGAAAUGGUGGUGAACUGUCGACUCGAGACUUACAAAAGAUGGUUCAAGCCCUGCCACAAUAUAGUGAACAAAUUGAUAAGCUUUCGCUUCAUGUAGAGAUUGCUGGACAAAUCAAUAGAAUUAUCAAAGAGAUGGAACUUAGAGAUUUCGGGCAACUGGAGCAGGAUCUCGUAUUUGGAGAUGCUGGACCUAGGGAAGUGAUAAAUUUUCUGAGGACUAAACAGGAUGCACCUCGUGAAAACAAAUUGCGUCUAAUGAUGAUAUAUUCAGUCGCUUAUCCUGAGAAUUUUGAGGGUGAGAAAGGUCAGAAGUUAAUGCAGCUGGCAGGAUUAUCCCAUGAUGAUAUGAAUGCUGUAAACAACAUGCGGUUGCUUGACGGUUCCUCCGCUAGUGAAAAGAAUUCCUCAGGGGUGUUCUCUCUCAAGUUUGAGAGUCAGAAGAAGAAGCGUGCUACCCGUAAAGAAAGAAAAGGCGUGGAAGAAACAUGGGCGCUCUCACGAUUUUACCCCAUGAUAGAGGAGCUGAUUGAAAAGCUUAACAAGGGUGAACUACCGAAGAGUGAAUAUGCAUGCAUGAAUGAGCCAAGUCAAUCUGUCCAUGGAACCCAGGAGAGCGCGUCAGUGAGAUCAAGUCCAGUUUCAGCUGCUCAUUCAAUGAGAUCAAGACGGCCAGCCUCUUGGGCGCGUCCUCGUAAUUCUGACGAUGGCUACUCAAGGUAA